AGGAUGGUCCCUUUAUAAGGGGACAGUUUCUCCCUUACACUUCAGUCUGCUUCAUAUCCCACUAGAUUUUCGCAGCUCUAUAAUAUACAGCUGAACUUCUUUUGGGCCUUUUUUUCUGGAAUUCCUCGAUGGCAUCAAAGAUGAAGGACAGGAAGAGGACUCCCAUUUCCCACAAAGUUAUUGAGAAAAGACGGCGGGAUCGCAUCAAUCGCUGCCUAAACGAGCUGGGAAAAACGGUACCGAUGGCGCUGGCUAAGCAGAACUCUGGAAAACUAGAAAAAGCUGAAAUCUUGGAGAUGACUGUUCAGUACCUGCGAGCUCUCCACUCUGCAGAUUUCCCCCGUGGAAGAGAAAAGGGCGAGUUGCUGGCUGAGUUCGCAAACUAUUUCCACUAUGGAUACCAUGAAUGCAUGAAGAACCUGGUGCACUACCUGACAACAGAAGACAGAGCUGAGACCAAGGACAUCAAAUACGCGCGGAUCCUCGCCUUCUUGCAAUCCAAGUCCCGCGCGGUCACCGAGCCGGUAUUUGGCUCUUUGGGCUCGAUGCAUGAAUCACCAGACUACAUCAGCCAGCUGCAUACCUCUCCAGAGCAUCCGAGCCACAGCCCUUCGGACUCAGUGUACCAGCAGAGCGCACCGGGACACUUUUCAUGGCACGGCUCUGGUCGCAGUCCGGGAAUCUCCUAUCCAGCGAUGCCGCUCUCUGCGCACACGCAGCAGCAUGGAGGAUACAUGUCACCGGUGCAGGGACUAGAACAUCAUUACUUCAACUUCAUAGGCCACAGUCAUCCGAAUACGUUCAGUUUACACAGCGCUCAGCAUGCCAUGUAAAAUAAAUCAGCCUUCCUCUAUUUUAACUUAUAUUUUUAGAUAAUGUAGAUAUGUUGUGAAUAAAAACAUUAUUUUCUAACUAAAAUCAUCCUCUUAUUUUUUAAUUAGGUAACACGCUGCAUGCAGCAAACAACUACAAAUAGACGUUUUUAAAAAUGUUUGCUACGAGUAAAUGCAUCUGUCCCUCUUUCCAAGACAGCUCUCAAUGCCAGUUUCAGUAUAUAGUUGUGAAAAUGUAGCAAUAGGUUUAAGGGCAAGACAAAAACGCAUGCGUCUGCGCUGAAGGAGCAGUAAGAGAAGAGUUACUACAAACAGGGACGGUCUGAGAUUGCACAAGGCCCCAAACAGAAUUUAACUUUUCCUUCAUUGAAAAAAAUAAGUUAAUCCGCCUGGGGAAGCUGGCCAAAGUUAAAGGAUGAAACCGAGAUUAUCAGCAUAUAUUUAUGAAGAUGGAUCCUGGAGUAGCACUCUUUUUUAUCUCAUCAAAAAGUUGCAAAGUGAUGAAUGAUAAAGUUAAAGCUGCAUUAGACCUGAGUGGUUACUAGUUCCAUUUACUCAGUUACAUAUGCUUGAGUAACUUUUUGAGAUAUGAGUACUUUUUUGCAUUAUGCUUUUUUACUUCUGCUUGAGUAGAAAAAUGAUGCAGUAUUGUUAUUCUUAUUUGAGUAAAAUAAGGUUAUACCUUACCCAUCAUGAGUAACUUCUGUCAUAGAACAACAGGCCUAUCUUAAACAAAAAUAAACCAGAGAGACAAACGCCUAAA